AUGGGAAACGUGUUCAGUGGCAUUUUUGGAAAGCUCUGGGGUGUCAAUAAGGAGAUUCGAAUUCUUUUAUUGGGAUUGGAUGGUGCUGGAAAGACAACUAUUCUUUACAUGUUGCAAAUGGGGGAAGUAAUAAAAACAAAACCUACUAUUGGCUUCAAUGUAGAAACACUAAAAUAUAAAAAUAUAUCGAUCAAUAUGUGGGAUUUAGGAGGUCAAACCAGUAUUAGACCUUACUGGAGAUGUUACUAUGCGGACACAGCGGCUGUUAUUUUCGUGGUUGAUUCCACCGACAAAGAGAGAUUAGAAACAGCUAGGGAUGAACUACAUACAAUGCUGAAGGAAGAAGAACUUUCUGACAGCGCCCUAUUAGUUUUUGCAAAUAAACAAGAUCAAGCUGGUGCUCUAGGAGCCUCGGAAGUCUCCAAAGCUUUGAAUUUGGUUGCAUUGAAAGAUCGAAGUUGGAGUAUCGUGGCAAGUAGUGCGAUCAAGGGUGAAGGUUUGACCGAAGGUUUAGACUGGCUGAUAGAUGUCAUAAAGGAGGAGCAGAUGUAG